AUGGAGAGUUGGGAGGCAAAAGGCCUGAAGGACCGUCUCGUGGAGUUGAACGAACUCCGAGACCAAGGCGUCAUCUCCGAGGAGGAUCAUGCCGGAGCAGUGAGACGUGUCCUGGAUGAGUUCACGUCGGCCACACGGAGCUCGGAGCACGGAACGCUCGUGGCGCCCCAACCGCCGCACCACGGCACCCACAAACGGUGGCUGGCCGAGGCGCAGGACUCGUGGUCCUUUGUGAACGAGUCCAACUCCCAGACUCCACUGGAGGACAGGGCCUUCCGCCAACGGGGAUACGUCGCCCAGGCCCGAGAAGGCGCGCUGACCCCGAAGGAGGUCAUUGAGGGGUUUUACCUGCUGUUCGGCAAAGACGGACGCGCGAACGCGGAAACCCUCACACGCAUCAUCUAUGACUGCCGGCCCGAGACGCGGGUGACGCACCACAACUGGCAGGUGCACCGCGACCUGGCCCCGAAAGACAAGGAUGCGUACGGGGAGAUCAUCCCCACCCUGGCCUUCCCCCUGUUCCCCGUCGGCGAACUCGAUGGGUUGAACGAGAGGGUGCUACGGGCCCAACGGGCAUGGCUCGAGGGCGAACGAGGGUACGCUCAAGCCGAGUUCUCCAGGAUCUACAACCUGGAACGGGACGAGCUGCAGUACCCCAACGUGAGCUGUCCCACGGCCCAAACGAAGGCACCACCAGCGCCCACUGCAAAUGCCCUCCGCCAGUGGGAGGAGCCGCCAUCACGGCACCAGGAACCGUCCAUGAUGGACAUCUUGCGCUCCAUACAGGAGUCCCUGGAGAAGCUCGAGCGAGGCUGGUCGACACCCCGUGCCCCGCUCCCACAGAAGGAGGCCCCGUCGGAGCAGUUUCGGUCCAGAGCUCCCAAAACCGCCAUAUACAAGGGCGGAGACGCGUGCGAGGAGGAAUACUCGGCGUCGGAGGAGUUCAACAGUGACCCUGAGGAGAACACCCCGCUCUACUACAAAGCGCGACUUUUCCUCAAAAACCGGGAAAGGCCUGCUGCGGACCUUCCAGUGACCGCAGCAGACAGCGAGGGUGGCUCGUCACCACCAUCAACAACAGCUGGAGAACGAAACCAUCUUCACGGGAGGCAACUUUGCACGAGGCAAGACCUCCAACGUGGAGAUGGACGAGAUGUACCGUAG